CAUCCACCCACGUCUAGUUCUGCAUCAUGUUUCAGGACCGAAUCUUGCAGAACCGAUGGUGGCAGUAAAAGUUCACUAGUACCCCGCACGCCACCGCCUCAAGAAUGUGGCCUUAUCGCAAGCGAUGUGUGCCUGAGGCCAUGCAGGCUGCCGCCGAACUGUUUCAAAGCUCAAUUGGUUGGGCAUCGUGUUGCGAGAAAACAAGAGGGUUGCUGCGCCGUACUAAGGCUCAUUGUGAAGACGAGAGCCUUACUCCUCAACAUGCGAUGACAUCGUGUCGAAUACCGCGCGCAACUAGGGCGCGUGCGUAGAGAAGGUCGCGGCUGGCCCCCAUCUCAGGAUCCAUCCAACUCCGAAGAUCGAGUCAACACCCUGGAUACCCGUUGAACUUUAAUCCUGAGCUCGCACUGGCCCCCACCAGCCCCCACCACGUUUACGCAGGGAACCAUGGAUCCCUAGGGCAAUUCUUGAAACUGGACGCAUUGUUCAGGAAGGAACGCUAGAGCUCCUCGCGAAGAACCCUGGCAUCUAUAAUCAGUGUCUUAUGUACACCCGGAGUGUUCGCCUCAUUGACAUGGUUCCCUUCCCACGCGCUGAUCCAGACAUUGACAAGGCUUCCAUGCGAACUACUCAGGGGCCUCGCGACUUUUUCACGGACAACGGACAAGAUGCCGAAAGCGUCAUGUUGACGCCCAAAGAACACGGGGUAGUUGACUCGACGCUGCAAGACAUAACCUUAGAGGGAAAUCAUCGUGUUGCUAAUCAUCCUUGUGAGCAUCCUUGCGGAGAGGUGGAACGAACAUCACCCUGGAAACAAAGUGAGGCGCUACCUCGCGACGACCAUCCUGUAAUUGCCAAUAGGUCAUCGUUCAUGCUCGGUCAAGCAAUUACGACAACGCAACUAGAAGAGGUCAUGUGUGACAAACUCAAUGUACGCGUCAAUGCAAGCUUCAGAAGCUUCACGGAUGUCACCGGCGGUUGUGGCGGCACGUACAGCAUGCCGCAUCGAGCCCUCAACCUCCGCAGCUGACAUUAACUAACUUCACACAGUAGCUAUUACAAGCUCCCUGUCGGUAAAGACAUGGCUCCACUGUCAGCCUUCGACUACGGGUAUUACAGACACGGGUGUAUGGGGUGUAUGCGUCUGACAGGCGGGAAGCAGCAUUAUGGAUAGCAAGUAUGGCGAAGAUAAGCGGAGACAUCCAACAGGUCUGAAGGUAUGACGAACUCGUCGUACGAACUUGUAGGACGAGACAUGUCUCACAGGGCCGGAUCAGGUACAAAACGCGUGGGCAAUACUCACUUACACCAGAGGCGUUUCGCAAAAUCGCAGGGUAGUUCGUGAGCAUGUCUUGUUAUCCGCAUACCUUUUGGCAUUCGACACGUGCUGGGGAUUUCGGCUUGGCAAUAUCUGGCCACUAACGUUUCCUGCGAUAACAGCCCGGAAGCAAAUAUGAUAUCAAUAAAUUGUACUUCGGCACUCGAGCCCGAA